AUGUCCUCUUCUGACUCUCCUACCGCGAUGGCCGACACUGAAAAGCCCUCACUAAAUACCUUUCCACGAUGGAGGCGGAUCUUCGGAGACAAGCCCGCUCGCGACCAGGGGGAAAAUGAGUCCACAUAUCGCCCAAAAUCUACCCUGGGCAUUCUUAGCGAUAAAGAGACGGACGAGGUACCAGGAACCGUCCUUUUACUCGCAUCUGAUCGAAAUGAACCUCUGGGAAUGCGCCACCAGCCGCCGCGGAUGUCGGCCUCCUCACUACCCGCAAGCAAUCCACCCUCGCGCUCAUCUUCGCGAAAUGCUGCCCCACAGGAAAAGCGAACAGCGGACGGGCAGAUUGUCUUAGAACCUCAGCCUGAUGACUCUGUCAAUGAUCCCCUGAAUUGGCCCGUGUGGCAGCGAGACACUGCCCUGGUCUGCUUGGGAUUUUACUGCUUGAUAGGAGGAGGAAUGACCCCCAUUCUGGCCGCUGGGUUCAAUGAGGUUGCAGCUACCUACCAUGUGACGGAGCAGCAAGUGGCAUUUACAACGGGACUUUACAUGCUGGGGCUGGGCAUCGGGUCGGUGAUCAUGUCCCCAACGGCAAUUCUGUUCGGAAAGCGUCCUGUAUAUCUCCUUGGCGCCAUUCUUUUCAUGCUCUCGGGCAUUUGGUGUGCCCUUUCCCCGAAUUAUCCCAGCUUGGUGGUUGCUCGCAUCUUUCAGGGUAUCGCGGUGAGCCCUGUGGAAUGUCUACCGUCGGCUACUAUUGCGGAGAUCUACUUCUUACAUGAGCGGGCCUAUCGAGUUGGGAUUUACACGCUGUUACUGCUUGGCGGCAAGAACUUGGCUCCUCUCGCCAGUGCUGCCGUAAUCGGUAGCCUUGGGUGGCGCUGGGUAUUUUGGAUUGUGUCAAUCAUUGUCGGCGGCUUUGUCGUUCUACUGUUUUUCUUUGUCCCAGAAACCUUUUGGGAUCGGACUCCGCGCCCUCGACGCUCCCAUAAGCGUCCGCAUGCUCAUAGGACAGUUUCUGACUUGAUGUCUCACGGUUUCAGAGGACGUCAUCCCCAUGUGCAGAUUCCUGAAGAACCAAACGCACAAGACAGUGAUGCGACCUCACCAACUGAGAAGAAGUAUAAAAAUGCCCAUGUCGGAUUUGCGAACGAUAUACCGACGCAUGAGAAACCACUGGAGGGUGAUGAAGAAUACUUUUCUCACGCUAGAAACCCUACCGAUGAUCAUAUUCACACUGAACCGACCAACUCGGAUCUUGACCAAAAUGGUCUACAGCACCCCCAGCCUGCCCACAUUGACGCCCAUCUGACCCCUGGUGAUUUGGAAGCAACCCGGUCCGCGGCCAUCUCACCCGCUCGCAGUGAGUCCCGUGAGCCCAGUGCUCAUCUCUCCUCUACACUUAAAUAUACGAAUCGGCUCCGCGACCGACCAAGGGUCACCUACGUUCAGCGACUCAAGGUUUGGAAUGGAAGAAUUGCGCAGGACAAUUGGUUCAAGAUAGCUGCGCGGCCAUUCGUCUUGUACGCCUACCCGUCUGUUCUCUGGUCGGCUGUAGUAUACGCUUUGUCUGUUGGAUGGCUCAUUGUGAUCUCGGAGUCCAUAUCCAAAAUCUACGAAAGCGAUGACACCUAUGGGUUUACUGCCCUCCAGACAGGCUUAGUAUACAUCUCACCCUUUGUCGGCGGCUUACUUGGGACUGCAGUCGCGGGUAAAGUAUCGGACAUGGUCGUCCGCUUCCUCACCCGGCGUAACGGAGGCAUCUACGAGCCCGAGUUCCGCUUGGUAAUGGCGAUUCCCAUCGCACUAUCAACCACGAUUGGAUUAAUGGGAUUCGGCUGGAGUGCACAGCUACGGGAUGCUUGGAUCGUGCCAACGAUAUUCUUUGGAGUUAUUUCGUUCGGAUGCUGCUUGGGCAGCACGACUGCCAUCACCUUCUGCGUGGAUAGCUACCGGCAAUAUGCUGGAGAAGCACUGGUGACCCUGAAUUUCACGAAGAACAUUGUACAUGGACUUGUCUUCUCACUCUUCAUUGUCGACUGGCUUGAUGCCGACGGAUUCCGCACCGUGUAUCUCGCCAUCGGCGGGAUUCAACUAUUCUUCUUACUCAUGUCUAUCCCAAUGUACAUGUACGGCAAACGGGCCCGUAUGUGGACAGUCCGCAAGUGUUUGAUGGAACGACUUUGA